AUGGCGGCCCGACAAUCCGACGACGCGACGGGUGGCAUGGCGGCGGUUGCCAGCCAGACCUACGGAUACCACAUUUCCACGCCUCGCAUCGUUGUACUGUCGAUCAUCAGCUUCGGACUGUACCUUUUCUACUGGCUGUACCGGACGUGGGAUCAGUACCGGGAGCACACUGGGGCAAACGUCCAUCCGGUCUGGCACGCGCUGGCCAUGCUGGUGCCGGUCUACGGGUGGUUCCGCUUCUACGCCCAUUGCAAGGCGUACCGCGAUCUCAUGGAGGAGAACGGCGUCCCGCACAACCUGAACAUGGCGCCGAUCCUGGUGAUUUUGAUAAUCGCCACGGCCGCGUGGAGCCCGGUGCCCACGCAGUGGCUGAACAACUACCUCGGCGAAAGUGGUAUCAGCGUGAUGAUCGACCUGAUCAUGGACGGGGUCAGCCUGGCAGGCUUGCUGGUCGCGACCGUCGUAGUCUGCCGGGUCCAGGCGAACUUCAACCGUUACUGGGCCGCAGUCGACGGCGCGCUGACGUACCGGGCCAGAUACGGCAAGGGAGCAGUGGCGCUGGCCGUUCUGGGCGCGAUCCUGUGGUUUACAGUCGCCGGAUACUACAUCGGGUACUACCUCACCAACUAA